UUAACUUAAUGACGCUUUUGGUUUUGCAAUUUAACGUACCGGUACAUUGGCUGGUUUUAAUACAUCUGUAAGGGUGCGUUGACUGCCUGAUGGGAGAGGUGUCUGCAGAAGCCCUCACCCUGGAUCUGCUGAGAGAAGCCAGCGAGACAGUGAGGAGCAGCCCGCUGGGUGUCAUCAACACUCCCAUGAUCCCCUGGUGCCAGACAACCCUGCCUCUCAACAUCCACUGCAACAUCCACAUCAAGCUGGAGAACAUGCAGAGAACUGGGUCGUUUAAGAUCAGAGGAGUGGCCAAUCAGUUUGCCAGGAGGAAGAAGGAUGGUCAUUUUGUGACCCUGUCUGCUGGGAACUAUGGGAAGUCUUUGGCGUAUGCCUCAAAACACUAUGGGUUAAAGAGCAAGGUGGUGAUGCCAGACACUGCCCCAGUGUCCAGAUCCAUCCUCAUACAGAGUUUGGGGGUAGAGGUAGAGCGAGUUCCCAACUCUAGUCUGAUGAAUGUGGUGAACCGCUGCGUUCAGGAGGACAACAUGACCCUCCUGCACCCCUAUGAUGACCUGGAUCUGAUAGCAGGACACGGCAGUCUAGGUAUGGAGGUGCUAGCAUUGGUGCCCGAGCCUGAUGUGGUGGUGGUGUGCUGUGGUGGAGGGGGGUUGCUGGCCGGUGUAGCUUCUGCCAUCAAACUGUCAGGCUGUGAUAAAACCAGAAUCUACGGUGUGGAACCAGAAGGAGCCUGCACCAUGUACAAAAGUUUCAUUGAGAAGAAGCCGGUGAGCAUGGACACCAAGAGCAUCGCCUCAGGACUUGCACCACCAUUUGCAGGCACACUGCCCUUCGAGUUGUGUCAGCGUUACGUGGAGGGGAUCGUCCUUAUAAAUGAUGCAGAGAUCAAGGCAGCGGUGUCCACCCUCUACAAGUCUGGACUCGUGGUGGAGCCGUCAGGAACCGCUGCGUUCGCUGCCAUCAUUAACGACAAGAUACCCGAGCUGGAGGGGAAGAAUGUGGUGUGCAUCCUCAGCGGAGGGAACAUUGGGAAAGACGAGCUCGCUAACUUUCUAGACUGACAAAUGCACACAACUAUAAUGUGACUAGGUCUUACAAGAAGAUGAACAACUUUUCAGGACAAGGCCUAACUGUUUUAGAUAACCGGUACAUUUAAUAUUCUUGUCUUCUAACAGGGUUUGACUUAAAUUUGGCCCGACUCUGAAUCUUUCAUGUCAGUGUUGUGGAUACCAGAUGCAUUUUAAAAACAGAUCCUCUUGAGAUCAAGCUAAUACUUGGCCCAGAGCAUUUUGGAUUCAUUAUUCACCAACUUACUUUACAUCACUGUCCACCCGCUGUCAAAAAGCCUAGAGCCAAUCUUCAACUUUCAUACAAAAAUAAUUGUCAUCAAAAAGGUUCAAAGAAAUACUGAGAGGCAUGAGAAGUUACUGUAGGAACUCGGGAUGAUGCUAAAUAAAGUGUUAUGACUUCUCUAA